GACGGUCACUUGUUGAAUGACUACUAUCUCUGGCUAAACUCAUAACCAGUCUUUACUACGUCUGAGGCCUCAGCGGCCGUGUUGCUGAACGACUCUGAACCUGGUCCAGCUAAAUUUCGAAGACUAUAUCAUGUUUUGGUACGGUAUCCGAUCCAGAAGGAUGCGGAGACUCUCACAUCGCAUGGUAAUGGUCAUAUUCAUCUGUGCCACUGUGAUAUGGUUCUGGUUAACUUCGGCACCAGUCUUGAGACCGAAGAGCGCCGCCUGGACUGUCGCAGCAGAGAUACUGGAUAUACUUGAUGCUGUUGUGGACGGAUAUGUACACCCUGCUAUGAAUUCAUCCGUGCAAGCAGAAGAGAGCUUUUCGACCCGCCUCCUCGAGCAAGACGCAGCUGCUCAACAACUCCUACGAUAUUUCUCCGACCUCUCUCGAUUUGAUUCAUGCUUGUCGCAUAGUGCUAUUGACGCAACUUCCGCAUCGCCUGUCAUGCCAUUUAUUGUACCCACUUCUCAGAUCCACAACGUGUCUGGUUCUCGCAUCAAGCCCAUCUCGUGUCUGUGCUCUUCUCUCGCAGGAAAGAGACUGACAAUGGUAGGCGGCGAUCAUGUGCACCGCUUCCACAACCUCCUCCUUGAACACCAGAGAAGAUUCGAAGGGAAACGCUUUCCAUGCCUCGGGAAGGAGUUUUGUACCCACCAUCAUAUGUGCUCACGGGCCACCCGCAACAAUCCCGUCCUUAAAGAGGAGCUUAUGCGCUAUAUCCGUUCGCCAUCUACCGAAGAGCUUGUGCAAACUGGCUCAUCAUUGGUCAAUUACGUUCUGUCGGAUACUCUUCUUACCUUGCCCGACCCAGAGGCGCCAGAGUAUUCCGUACCGUAUAUCCAUGCCUUCAGUGGCGUAAGGUCUCGCGAAACGUAUUGGCUAGCUUCAGCGAGGAAAGCAGACAUCCUUAUACUGGGAAGGGGACCGUUCAGUGCGCCGCCCUCGACGUACACAGGGAACUGGUCAUUCCUUUCAGGUUUUCCAUCUUACACAAGGAGCUAUCGUGUGAAUAUCCCCUCGUUUGCAUCACCGAUACCAAAACUCCUUCAGAUCGUGGAUGCUGCAGUGCAUGCUACUCUUUCAGUCUUUCUCCCUGAAAUCCAGCACACGCUAGACGCACUCCGCGCCAACGGAUGUCUUAACAGAAAAAAGAAAAUUAUUUGGUUGGUCAACCAGCCGCGACUUCCUGGGAAGGGCCACGGUCAGACAAACGCUCUUCUUCGCACAUAUUUGCUUCCCAGUGGACAGGGCGAGCCAUCUCCCGGCGACCCCAAAGCAGUUCUCCUUCACCACCUUGCAGUGCUAUCGACUGAUGAGCGCCCAAAAGAUUCAUGGACACUUUACUACAACGUUCAAGUCUACUUGCAAGACCGUCUUCUUCGUCAAGUUCUGCCACGCUUCGGAGUUCCCCUCUUGCAGUUAGGAACACACCUUGUCGAAGCUGGCCCUGGUGUUGCCGGCCCUCAGCUACAAUGUCAAGGUUCACACACAUAACGGGCGCGACUGGCUACCUCUUUUUCAAGGAUCACGAAAAGCGACGACAAAAGUAGUAUAUUUCUGGGUCCUCCUGUUUGUUACAACCCCUCUGAAUAAUAAUGGAAGUUUUUCUUGCAUUCACUCUUCCUAUGACGAGGAUUUGGAAGCAACAGGCCCGUCAGCCAACGAACGUCGCGGCGAGCCACAUAAGGAAUCUAUUUGUCCCGAACCGCGAGGACUCGGCCAUACCGUCUUCAGAACUAACUAGAGGACGCGAUGAAAUUUUGAUCAGUGUCUAGCUAAUACUCAUACUCAUGUGUCAGACAGCCUAAAGUAACAAUAGACGAAAUAACAUUAAUGUACUCAACGUAGGGUUUUUCAC